AAACUCUUUUAGGAUGGCAAUGGUAACGUCACGUCACAUUUCCCAUGACCCAGUCAGCAAUUUGAGGGUAAAAGUACGAUUAAAACGAAUAACAUCGACAUCUGUGCUGGGGAACAUAGCAGAGACAUUUGCUAAUCCUGCAUCUACCGGUCAGGAUAUAGAACUAAUGCCUCGUAACGAAGAAGCAGGUGCCACUGAAGAAGCGACCGUAUCCUGGCAGGAGAAGAUCUUGAGUCAGAGAGAGAUAGAGCUUUAUGGAGAUGCUAUCAACUGUAAUACUGUUAGAGAGAGGCACUACCAUGAGGUGAUUGAAGGGAUGAGGGAACGUAACGAGUUCCACCACCGCCGUAUCUACACCUGCGUAGAAGAGGACCCGGCUGUUAGUGAUAAGGAAAACAUACCUCUUACUUCCAGAACCUCCCAGGCUUUAUCUUAUCUUGAGCACAAGAUGAGACAAGCGAGACCAGCGGGUCGGAAACAAAACUACACACCCUUACAGCACCCAGUUCAAGUUCCUUCCAGUGAUGUCAACAGGAAAUCUAAUCAUGUUCAAUUGGUUGCUGCCCAGCGGAUGUACAUAAUGGCAGAUAUUGGCAGACCCCGAGGUCUGCCCAGAGUGGAGGAUGAAGCAGUCCUCUGCGCCGUUACCAUGGACACCAACCACGUGCUGAGUGUAACACCGCCCUUGAAUAGCGGUGACGCGCACUCAAUAGAGAACAGUGACGGAGACGUUUGGGAGUACACAGUGGAGCAGGUGGUUCAGGAGUUUAGUGAUAAGGAUAAGGUCCGCGAGCACGAGGUGCUGGAGGAGCUGUUCUCCCGCCACGCCUCAAUGUUACACAACAUGGUGGGAACCAGCUUCACUGACCCGCCUCAAGAGGGCGCAGAGCGCGUGCAUGUGUUCGGGGAGAUUGCACGUGCAGUAGGGUUUGAUGCUGAUAAUCUGUUUGUUAAUUACAGUUUCGAUCUGCCGCUUGGUUGGUGUGUGGAGGAGGAUGUCGAGAUGAGAGGGCUAACUCAACGUAGUAUCAUCAGAGAAACAAAGUCGGGACAGAUUGCACACUUCAACCACCCUUUUGAACUGACACUUUUCAAUAGCACAAGUAAAGACGAAGAAAUGGGCGGGCGACCUAGACUUUUUGUUGAGGUACGCAGCGUGGACAGCUGGGACCGGGUCAGACUGGAAGGGUACGGGUACCUGACCCUGCCCAACACCACCGGGUGCCACACCCACACUCUCAACACCUGGAGACCGGAGGGACCAGACAACACCACAAAACUCCGGAGGUUCUUUGUUGGAGGCACUCCGGAGCUGAGUGAUGUGAGAUACACUCACGUUCCUAGCAACUACAACUCUCAUCCCGAUCAGAGUACAUUGCUGGGAAAGUUUGGAUUUAAGACGGUCAGUAGUGGCACUGUGGAAGUAAGGGUGAACAUCGUCAAACAAACCAUGCCUUCCUUCACUGAGGACAAUCAGAAAUACAAACGUGUCGCGCUCAAGGAUAAAUACGGUCGACCAGGGGUUCAAAUGGCUCUACUGGAUGCUAUUGAGACAUUCUCUAAAGCCAGAAAGCGUCUAGAGUCGAUGAGAACGACGCUGGAACCCUCACUGUCUCGAUUAGCUAGCAAUAUAUCCACUGAACAGAGCAUCAUCAAGCGAUGGAGUAAACUAACCUUCAGUAAAGAAUGAUGUUCAGUGCAGUGGAUUUACAGACUGUUUAUAUUUUGGAGCUAUGACUAAAGCUUUAAAUUCAUAUUUUGCGCGAGAGCAUGAGUGUAUUGACUCGGGAAUGUUUUAAUCUGAUAUCAGAGGUUACUUUAAAUAUUUUGACAGAAUUUGACUGGGUAUUUGACCACAAAGUGAGAAUUGUAACCGAUCGGCAAUCUGUAAAUAGCUAAUAUUGAUCUGUGUACAUAUUGUACUAUACAUAUUGUACUAUCAUAAGGUAUCUCACCAUCAUGUCGUAGAAAUAAAAUAUUUUAUUUACCA